UUUUAGCAGCUAUUUUCAUCCAUGGGAAAUUUUAUUGGAUGUUAAAUUUGUUAUGAAACAGGUAUUGAGUGAUUCAUGAUAGUGGAUUGAGAGCCAGAUUCCUACUACUUGCGAAUUGCCGCACCAGUUUUACUACGAAUUAGUAACCACAGGAAUGAAUGAAAGCUGAACUCGAGGCGAUGGCAACGCGGAAUAAUAAAAUAUAGUUUGUCAUCGAAAAAUUCGACAUUGUAAAUGAAAACGGUUUAAAAUGGAUAACACAGAAGAAGCGAAGGUCAAAGCUCUAUUACAGGACAUUCAGCUAGAACAGUACUACCGACAGAUCCAUGGCAAACUACAUGUUACUCGUCUGUCGCACUUUGAUCACGUAACGGAAGAGGAUUUAGACGACCUCGGAAUGGCAAAACCAGAACAGAGACGUUUGUUUGAAGCACUAAAGAAAGCGAAGAAGAAAUCGUUAUUUAGCAGCUUCAGGAGAAAGAAAUCAAAGAAGUCAGAGAGUCAAACAGGAUCGCCACCAGAGCGCACAAGUUGCUAUGGAGUUGCUGGCAACUCCUUGACUUGUGUUAUCACUGAGCAGUCUAUUUCUCUUUAUGAAAUGCUUGGAAAUGGUGCCUUUGGUUAUGUGAGGAGAGGAUUAUGGACGAAGAACUCCCACAAGAAGGUUGAUGUUGCUGUGAAGUGUCUGAAGGCAUACAAUGACCAGGCUUUCCAACAGAUGCAGAUGGAGUUCAUCAAGGAAGCUAAUGCCAUGAGUCUGCUGGAUCAUCCACACCUUAUCAGACUUCAUGGAGUUGUUCUUUCUGCACCAAUGAUGUUGGUCACAGAGCUGGCUCCACUUGGCUGCUUAUUAGCACGGCUUAGGGAUGAACCUCAUAACUUUACUAUCAGUGGUUUGAGUGAUUUUGUGGUCCAGAUUGCUUCAGGGAUGGCUUAUCUUGAGUCUCAUAGGUUUGUUCAUCGUGAUCUGGCAGCCCGCAAUCUUUUGCUGGAGUCAUAUGAGAAAGUGAAGGUUGGAGAUUUUGGAAUGAUGCGUGUCCUCUCUGAUGAUGACGACCACUACACAAUGCAUCCCAGUGGCAAAAUUCCUUUUGCAUGGUGUCCGCAAGAGGUUCUCAAAUUCCGCAAGUUUUCCCAUGCUUCUGAUGUUUGGGCCUUUGGUAUCACUGUGUUAGAAUUAUUCUCAUAUGGAAUAGAACCAUGGCCAGGACUUAAUGGGGCUGAGAUAUUGGACAAAGUGGACUUGCCAUCAUGUGAAAGACCCAAGAGACCUGAACACUGCCCUCCAGAAAUCUACAAUAUUUUGGUGUUACUCUGCUGGUCGCAUGAGCCUCACCAGCGAGCAAGGUUCAAUAUGCUCAAGAAACUAGUCGACGAGGCCCACCCCAUUAAUGUUGCUGCAGUGCUCCCUUAUGAGAGCAAGGGCCAACAAAAUCUGAGCUUUCAGAAAGGCGACAUUAUCACGCUUCUUGAAGCCAGUCCCGAUGUUUCUUGGUGGAAAGGACAAAACAUGCGAACUAGAAAAGUCGGGAUGUUUCCGUCAGAAUUGGUAGAAAGUGGAAUGCGUCGAGCCGUUUUACCAGUAAAUACCAGAACGUCUCCAAAACCGAGGAGUAAUACUAAGAAGCGAAGUAAACAGUGUAAUCAGCUACCAAACUGUGACUGCGGUAGUGAGCACAUCUACGAGACUCCCAUCUUCAUAUAUUCGUCUGAUUCGUUUAAGACCGGCAGCAGUGUUGGUACUACCUUCUCUGGUCGAUCUGUUGAAAGCGACCUGGCCUCCCUCACAGACGUUGAUAGCGGAUAUUCUUCCUAUUCAUUUGGCGAGAACAGCUCAUUGCAACGAAAAACAAAGGUCUCGGCUUUUUAUGAAAAUGCAAGCAUCAGAAAGCAAGAUACCCAGGAUACCUCGCAUGAGCUGAUGUCACCUGCAAGUGGACCAGUGUCCAGCCCUAUUCCCAUUCCAAGACAGAGUAGAGGGGAAUUACGAUUUGCAAGGCGGCAAAAUGACACAUCUUCCACUCCUCUAUCAAGCACUGGCCAGAAAUACCCUUUUGACUUAAACUUUCCUAGCCCACAGCUAUCUGGCAGCGAAACCGUAGCUCCCUCUCCUGACCCACCAAAGACUUCAGCGUCACUCCCAAUCAGCCCAGUAACGGAACUGCAAGAAAAUUCUCCGAGGCUCUCCAAGACGGUCUCACCACUACCAAGUAAGAAAUCUCAUCGAGAUUCUGGAAUAGAAGAGACAAUUGCUCUAGAAAUGCUGACAGUUUUGAAAGGAGCUGGAGAAAAUGAGUCAUGUGUUCGUCCUCUGACCAAAGAAGAUGAAGAAGAGAGCAUUUAUGAAGAAUUAAUUGGGCCGUUUGUAGCCGUUCCAUCAAAUCCCAAAGGAUCAGGUGUGACAAUUGCUUCCUCCGGCAAACCAUUGACGGCGCACAAGAAACAUUCAUACGAGAACUAUGCUUUACCUUUGAAACAAGAACGUAGUUCAAGACAAGACCUUGCGAAAGAUCAAAGCAGUAACGAUGCAGAUGGAAGCAGAUAUAAUUCAGCCUAUGGAGUGCAAAGUGACCAAAAGCUUCGAGAUAACAGAUCCUACACUCGGCCCACACAACAGAAUUACGAUAACCACAAACUAAACGGUGCUGGUGUGGUAUCAUCAGAUGAAGGUUGCUAUGACAACCACAAGCUUAGAAAUUCCUCAAACGCCACUCGGCAACCUACUGACGCCUGCCACGAUAAGUUGAGGAUCAAUGGCAAGGAAAGUAAGUCUGCUAUGAGUGAGCUUUUGAAGGAACAUCAGAGGCCUCAAAGUCUUAAACCUUGUUACGAGAACGUCGAGCUACAAACUGGUAAACAUAAAGUUAAUAAUGGAAUGCCCUCACAAAAAUCUGCAACUAGUGAGGAAAGGAGCAAUAAUUCUUCACUCACCUCACAACAAAUGAGCUACAUGUACGAAUGUAUGACUCCAAAAUCGUUACAAAAAGAAGAUCUCACGCAGGACUGUAAAAAGCAGGGAACUACUGACAGCAUAUACGAGAACUGUGAAAUUUUUGACAACACGACAGCCAAGUUCGAGAUGGAUGUUGGAGGCAUGAUAAUCCCAAGAUCAAAGCAACAAAAUGACAGCAAUUCACGAAAACUUUGCUAUUCUUUGCCCACAAAUUGCCACUGUGUCGGGGUCGUUCCCGGUGAUCCCCAAGGGUUAUUACAUAUGAUCCUUGAAAAACGUAGCCAACCGUUGCUGACCAGAGUGGGGAGUGCUGAUGCUAUACGUGUUAAUGCCUGGAAGGACUAUCCUCUCUCUACCGGCGACCUCAGGGACAGCAGAGACCAUUUGGACCUCCAAGGUCAUCCUGUUCCACCUCUGCGCUGGAAACGAUUGGCCCGCAUGAGGAGGACUCUGUCGUUUACGUGCUGCUCCAAUAAUCAGUGGGAAAUUACUGUCAGCCCUGAGCUUGCUUCUGUAAUGAGCAAAAGACUGAAAGAAACAGUAGUGUGUUCGAGAAAAGGUGCAAGCUCAGUGAAUGGACAUCAUUCCGAAGCACUGGAGACUGGUAAAUCAUGUCUGCCUCCGCGAGCUGACCAAAAAUAUGAAGCAAUCACGAAGGUUCGCAAUUCCUAUAAUAACGCUUACGAAAAUGUCUUACCGCGUGAGAGUCUUUCAGAGGAAACAUCCCCUCCCGAGCUUCCACCAAAGCUACAACGAUCAAACAAGAAAGCUUCCCUCAUCAGCACAACACGGAUAACAAAAGCAUUGCAUUAUGAAAAUGUCAAUGUGGUAAAUGGCUUUGGUGCCGUGUCGCAAAUAGAAGAUGAUUCCUCUCCGCCACCGCUUCCAAGGAAACUAUCUAAGACAAACCCGACCCCUAUCAUACCACGCCGAGUGGAUCUGGAACAACAGGGUUAGGAAAUGUUUGCUGGAAGAACAUCUGAACUGUAUAUUGAAGGAAAAGGGAACUGUGUUUCCCAAAAGCCCAAACGAUGAUCUCUCACACCAGGAUGAUCUGAGACAACAGAGUCAAAAAAAAGAAUUCUCCUCGAAGCUUAUCUGUAGCGUUUAUCGGAUGAAAGGAGCUUCGUCUUACCCGAAAUCCCUAACGAUGAACCUUCACGCCGUGUUUACUGGACCAACAUCAACAGGGGAAGCCCAUGUUAAUUAGUGUACAUUGUUUGGCCACUUUGGCCAUUUGUCUGGAUAAAUGAAAUUACAUUUAAAAUUGUUUUAAGGCAUGUACACCAGCUAAUUGAGAUUUUUAGAAAAUUUUACUUUUAAUUCCCUUAAUUUUAUUAUGAUUUUUUCAUAACUCCAUAAUGUACAGUAGUCAGUGUGAUAAACAGAUGUGAAAUAGUUCUGUCUUGCCGUUCAAAGGGCAAGACAGUCAAUGAAUUUAUGUCAAUAUCUUUAGAGACUGGGUCUCUUAAAUUUUAGUAGUUGAUUAUUCAACAAUUUUGGUGGCUGGAAAUCGCUAUGUUUGCCACCAAUCAUAGAAGAAUUAGUGUUUAAGUGUGAUUUUGUAUUUUUUGUCUUUUUUUGAAAGUUUCACACUUGCAACUCACUUAUAGCAUGACUUCCAUGGUAUAUGGACUCUUCUAGGUCAAAAUGUAAAAAGCUGCAAAGAAUAAGCGUCUUCGCAUAUGCUGAGAAACGCAACAACAGUAAUUCAGCUGGCAGGCUCUUACGGUUAAUACCAUUGAAAAGAAUGUACAAGUGUCGACCGAGGAGAUUAAAAUUAGGUGAACAAUUUUCUUGUCGUCAGUGGCUGCAAAUCGCCUAUAGCAAAAUAAUUAGUACUUAAUAUUUGAAAUAGUAGAAAAUAAGUUGGCGAGGGAAUGCAAAAUAAAAUAUGAA